AUGCUGUCCCAGGAGUUCAUCUCGGCCAUCUGCGGCCCUCCUCUCGCCGCAAACACUGCCGUCUCCAAGGAUGUCGGCAUCUACUCUCACUCCCUCACACCGUCUCACACCAUCAAGGCGUCUUUCAAGAAGAGCUCCACUCCUGUCAACGGCUUAGCCGUCAGCCAGACUCACAUCUUUGCCGCCCAGGACCAAAAGGCACACGUUCAUGUCUACUCCCGCGUGCGUGGCAACCAAGAGGCCCUCGUGCCCUUCCCGGACAGGAUCCGCAGCCUGGCCCUCGCUGGCCAAGUGUUGGUCCUAGGCUCCGCGGAAGGAAGGCUGUUUUUGUGGGAGACGUGCACGGGCCGGCAAGUGUCGACACCGCCUUGCCACGUUCAGGCUGUUUCCUGCCUGGCUGUGACGCCCUAUCACAUCUUGUCCGGAUCUGAAGACUCCAACAUCAACGUCUGGUCAUUGUCACGCCUGCUUGAGCUCAAUGUCCAAGGGGAGCACGAACCCGACCUGACACUGUCCAACCACCGGGGUGCCAUCACCAGCUUGACCGUCGGCCCCAGCACCAACCCGGAAACCAGCAUAUGCGUGUCUGCCAGCAAGGACAAGACAUGCAUCAUUUGGAACUAUCAGACCGGUCAGCUUCUCCGGACGUUGCUCUUCCCCGCCUUUCCCCUCUGCGCCCGUCUCGAUCCGAGUGCCAGGGCUCUUUUCGUUUCUUCUGAGGAUGGCGCCGUCUCCCUGAUCGAGCUGUAUGGUGGCGAGAAGCCGGUGCUUGGCUCCCGCAGCACGGAGCUGCCGUCCAUUGUCGUGCAGGUCAGCGCCCCGCUGGCUGUCUCAGAUCCAGAAGCCGGCCAGCCAUCGUGCCUCGCUGUAACAUAUGACGGCACUUCGAUCCUGUCUGGGCACACCAGCGGCAAGAUCUUGCGGUGGAGUCUGGCUGAGAACUCCCACCCGACCGAAGUCGCGAGCCUCAAUGCCUCAGUGACCAACCUUUGCUUCGUCCCUCCCUUGUCGGCGGAGCAACCGACCAAGGCCUUGACCAUUGUCAAGCCAAACCAGAACCUCAAGCAAUAUACCUUUACAGGGCAAUUAACUACCGAUCUCGGAGAUGGGACACGACUCAGUCAGAUGCUAGCCACCAACGGAUUCUCGUCUGAAUCCCUGGAGACGGCAAUCUCAUCCGUGUCUACACCAUCCAACGGGAAACAAGACGACGAGCUUGCCAAGCAAGAGGAACAGUUCCGGGCCAUCAUGAACACUUGCAAGAUCCUCAAUGGCCCGGUCAGUUAG